AUGCCCAAGCUGCACAUCGGCAGUAGCAGAGACAAGGAUGGCCGCAAAGAGAGCCGAUCCGAGACCUCGGCCAACAACCGCGCCCGUGAAGAGGAAAAGAGCAGACUUCUUGCCUGGGAAGCACAGAAACAGCCCCUAGAGUACGACCAAAUAUUGGUCGAGCCCAACUCGAAGCCUGUUGGUCACAGCUCAAAGGUUUUACGGCGCGAGGAUUUCGAUCUUGUCAAAACACUCGGCACCGUCUGGCUCGCGAACUUGGUUACAUCCAACAAGGAGGAUGCAGACAAAGUCUUUGCUCUAAAGAUAUUGCGCAAGACUGAUGUCAUCCGCUUGAAGCAAGUCGAACAUGUUCGCAAUGAGCGCAACGUCCUGGCCGCCGUAGCAGGACACCCAUUCAUCACAACAAUGGUCGCCAGCUUCCAAGACCAAGACACUCUUUACAUGCUGGUUUUUAGCUAUUUGCGCCGCGCCCGCCGUUUCAACGAAUCCACGUCACAGUUCUACGCCGCCGAAAUCGUCCUCAUCCUCGAAUUCCUGCACGACCAUCAAGGUGUCGCAUACCGCGACCUCAAGCCCGAAAACAUUCUGAUCGACGCAGAAGGACACCUCAAGCUUGUGGAUUUCGGCUUCGCAAAGAAGGUCGAAAACAGAGAGACAUACACACUGUGCGGAACGCCAGAGUAUCUUGCGCCAGAAGUCAUCCGAAAUACCGGACACGGCCUAGCUGUUGAUUGGUGGGCACUGGGCAUCCUAAUUUACGAGUUCCUGGUCGGCCAACCGCCGUUCUGGGACCAAAACCCUAUGAAAAUCUACGAACAGUACGCAAGACCCACGAGAGAUUGA